AUGAAGUUGUCCACCAUUAUUGCUGGUGCGACUCUUCUCGCCAGUACUACUAUGGCUGAAUUGGACCCUAUAGUGAUCAAGGGUAGCAAAUUCUUCUUUAAGAGCAACGAUACCCAAUUUUUUAUGCGGGGCGUUGCUUAUCAACAGGAAUUACCUAGCAGCAGCACUGCCGGCGUUUUUUACAAGGACAUUCUGGCUGAUGUUGAUGCCUGUAAGCGAGAUGUUCCCCUCUUGCAGGAACUCAACACCAACACUAUUCGUGUUUAUUCGAUCGACCCUAAAGCAGACCACACUGAGUGCAUGAAGCUCCUCACCGACGCCGGCAUCUACGUUGUUGUGGAUAUGGCAAACCCUGCGGAGUCGAUUAUCCGUAAUAACCCAGCAUGGGACAAUGCCUUGUACAAACGCUACACUGGUGUAGUUGAUGAGAUGGCCCAAUACACCAACACCAUUGGCUUCUUUGCUGGAAACGAAGUCUCCAACCAGAAGAACAACACUCUUGCUAGUGCGUUUGUGAAGGCUGCUGUGCGCGACACAAAGCGAUACAUCAAAGCAAAGGGCUAUCGCACCAUGGGCGUCGGCUAUGCCACCAAUGACGAUGCUGAUAUUCGGGUGGACAUGGCCAACUACUUCAACUGUCAAUCCGAGGAAGAAAGCAUUGAUUUCUGGGGCUAUAAUGUGUACUCGUGGUGUGGAGACUCUUCUUAUGAGAAAUCCGGCUACAAGGCUCGCACUGAGGAAUUCGCCAAGUAUUCCGUUCCUGUAUUCUUCGCUGAGUACGGUUGCAACCUUGUUCAGCCUCGCAAGUUCACUGAUGUUGCUGCUCUAUACGGUGACAAGAUGACCGACGUUUGGUCUGGUGGUAUCGUCUAUAUGUACUUCCAGGAAGAGAAUGACUAUGGUCUGGUGACCCUCAAGGGUGACAGUGCCAGCAAGCUUCCUGAUUUCUCCGGCUAUUCUAAGCAGAUGGCAAACGUCAACCCUACAGGUGUCAAGAAAUCCGAAUACUCUCCUUCCAGCUCUUCUCUUGGAUCUUGCCCUACUAUUGGCGGCAACUGGUUUGCGAAGGCUAGCCCACUACCUCCUUCUCCCAACGCUGACCUUUGUUCAUGCAUGGAUGCGUCUCUGGAGUGUGUGGUGAAGGAUAAUGUUUCAAGCAAGAAGUACACCGACCUUUUUGAUACUGUCUGCGGCUAUGGAGCUUGCGAUGGCAUUUCCACCAAUGCAACUUCCGGUGAAUACGGCUCCUACAGCGUGUGCAAUGCGAAGGAGAAAUUGUCUUUUGCAUUCGACAGAUACUAUCAGAAACAGAAGGCUAAGGGUAACGAAGCCUCCGCUUGUGACUUUGGUGGAGCUGCGAGCACGAAGGCCCCUGGAAAACCCAGUGCCACCUGUUCUACUCUGCUAAACGCCGCCGGCACUGCAGGAACUGGCACGGUCACCGCUUCUCCGACCGCUGGCUCUGGCUCUGGCUCUGGAUCUGGCUCUGCUGCGUCCAGUACUGGCGCUGCCCGACCCAUGGCAACUCUCAGCAGUGUAAAUAUCGGCAUCUUGCACCUUGGUGCCUACGUCCUGAUAGCCUUUGUUACCGGAUUCGGCAUGAUUCUGCUAUAG